AUGUCCGAGUCUAUGCGCUAUAUCGGAACUCUUACUGGCCACAAAGGCUGGGUCACUGCGAUCGCAACCUCUAGCGAAUCGCCAGAUACCAUUUUGACAGCCUCGCGUGACAAGACUAUCAUCGUCUGGCAACUCACCCGUGACGAACAGCAGUACGGCUAUCCCAAGCGUAUUCUCCACGGCCACAACCACUUCGUGUCGGAUAUUGUCAUCUCAUCUGACGGCCAAUUCGCCCUUUCCUCUUCCUGGGACCACACUCUCCGUCUCUGGGAUCUCAACACUGGCCUUACCACCCGUCGCUUUGUUGGACACACUUCUGAUGUGCUCUCUGUCAGCUUCAGUGCUGACAACAGGCAGAUCGUUUCUGGAAGCCGUGACCGCACCAUCAAGCUCUGGAACACUCUCGGAGAGUGCAAGUUUGAUAUCAAAGAGGAGGGCCACUCCGAAUGGGUUUCGUGCGUCCGCUUCAGCCCUAACGCGAUGAACCCAGUCAUCGUCUCGUGCGGUUGGGACAAGGUUGUCAAGGUCUGGGAGCUCUCCAAGUGCAAGCUCAGGACAAACCACUACGGCCACACUGGUUACAUCAACUCGAUAUCCGUCUCCCCCGAUGGUUCGCUCGCUGCUUCCGGAGGCAAGGACGGAAUCACCAUGCUGUGGGAUCUUAACGACGGAAAGCACCUCUACUCGCUCGAGGCUGGUGAUAUCGUCAAUGCUCUCGUCUUUAGCCCUAACAGGUACUGGCUCUGCGCCGCGACAGCGAGCUGCGUUAAGAUCUUCGAUCUUGAGAGCAAGUCGAUUGUUGAUGAGCUUAAGCCCGAGUAUACCAGCACUGGCAAGACCGGACGGGAACCUGAGUGUGUGUCCCUCGCCUGGUCCGCAGACGGCCAGACCCUCUUUGGUGGAUUCUCAGACGACCUUGUUCGCGUCUGGACCGUCAGCUCGUAA